UAUCCUUUGGCUGUCACUUUGUGUAUGUGAUAUUACCUGCCUGUUCUAAUUUUAUCCAGACCCCUUGCUAGACUCCCAGCUGGACUAUUCACCAAAAAGUCCAAGCUAUAUUCAGCCCAACUGCAUCCCCGUCAGCAUCAGUGCGUAAUGAAGUGGAGUGUAACCCUGUAAUAUUGAUCCAAGGAAGGACAACUUAGACUCACAAGUGACAACGCAUAGAUCUGGUGCCCUGAAAAGUACAAGGUGCUUCUGUCUCCUCAUGGCAGGCCAAACAUGGAUGUCCAGGUGACCUAAAGAAGAGCAUUCUAGUAAGGACCAGUGACAAGUUGCUUCCCCUGACACCUUGCCUUUAGAUGACCUCCCCUGGGUGCAGUAUAAUAUAAUUCAACCCUGGUCAGCUUCCAUCUGAUGUUGAUGAUAUUGUCUCUACAGGAGUUUAUGAAGUGUAGAAACUUUCAAACUUUCCACAUUUGAACAAGCCAGCAUUUGAGCAACAGAAACAGAAGCAGAGUAGCGUUGAGGACGCUACAACAUUUUCCCAAAUUCUUGCCAGACUGACAUGGCAACAGAGAAAAUAAUCAUGGUUCAAGGUCAUGAGAGCAACGGCAUCGCGCCAUCCAUCCUUACUGUACGCAUGAUCAUGCAGGGCAAGGAGGUAGGCAGUAUCAUUGGAAAGAAAGGAGACAAUAUCAAGAAAUACAGAGAAGAUAGUGGUGCUAAAAUCAACAUAUCAGACGGGUCUUGUCCAGAACGCAUCGUCACAAUCACAGGCACUGUAGAGAACAUUCAGAAGGCGUUCACAAUGAUUUGUUCAAAGUUUGAAGAGCAGCCAUCUUUGUUUCAGGAUCUGAACAACACCCCCACGGUGCCUAAACCCCCAGUCACACUCAGGCUGGUUGUGCCAGCUAGCCAGUGUGGCUCUCUCAUAGGCAAAGGGGGCAUAAAGAUUAAGGAAAUAAGGGAGAGCACAGGCGCUUCAAUACAAGUGGCGAGUGAAAUGUUACCAAACUCCACAGAGCGGGCAGUCACUGUGUCGGGAACAGCCGAGGCUGUCACCGCGUGCAUACAGGUCGUGUGUAACAUCAUGCUGGAGUCCCCACCAAAGGGUGCCACUAUCCCCUACCGCCCCAAACCAGCUGUACCUCCAGUUGUAUAUGCAGGCGGCCAGGCCUAUGUAAUCCAGAACCCACAGGUUCCUAUGCCACCACCUGCCGAGGUCUGGUGUAAUUGCCCCCAGGAACCUUACGGUUUUACGUUACUGCCACGUUUCAAGUUGAACAAGUUGAACCAGAUGUCACUAGGGGCGCCUAUGCCUCUGAUGCCUCACGCCACCUUCAUGCCAGGCAUGCUGCCAUCACACAUGGGUCUACAUUCCAACCUAAUACGGGAAAUACCCGGUAUGCUGCCUUCACACAUGGGUCUACAUUCCAACCUAUUCCGGGAGAUACCCGGUAUGAUGCCCUUGCACAUGGGUCUACAUUCCAACCUAUUGGGAGAGAUACCCAUGUCGGCAGCCCCAGGUUACGCACCCAUCCCAUUUCAUCAGCGACCGUUGCCGAGUGGACCCAUGGUCGCACCAAACGGUCAGCAGACUCAUGAAAUGAAUAUUCCCAACGAUCUCAUUGGCUGUAUAAUCGGACGUGGAGGACAGAAAAUCAACGAGAUUAGGCAGAUAUCAGGGGCUAACAUAAAGAUUUCCAAUGCGGAAGAGGGAUGUCCUGACAGAAAAGUGACUAUAACUGGUACACCAGAGACAAUUGGGAUGGCUCAGUACCUUAUUAACACCAGCAUGGAAUUACAUAAGACUCUAGUCCUAGAUCCCAAUUCUACAGCUACGUCCCCCGCAAGCUCUGUGACACCCACAUCCAGCCCUGUUACACCAGUGACGUCAAUGUCCUCUCCUGCUGGGAUUUCCCAAGCAGCUGUUUCCCAGCAGGCAUCUCCGGUUACCAUGCCGAUGACCUCAAUGGCAUUGCCAGGGGCAUUGACCUCAAUGGCGUUGCCAGGGUCGAUGAAGCCUCUUCAGCUCAUAGGAAUGAAUGGUCUUAAUGGACUGAGCGCAAUGCACCCAGCGUACCACUCAUUGCCUGGUUUCCCGGGAAUGAAUGGCAGUUUAAAUGGCCUAAGUCUGCAAAUGUUUGAUCCCAUGAUGUUCUCUUGUGGAAUCAAUCAAGCGCUACCGCAGACUGCACCAAAUUUCACUGGGAAGUUACGGGUGGGGGUGGCAGCAGUGAAAACAGGCUCACCCAAAUUCACUCCCUACUAACUGUUGAUUGUGAAAAACCAUGUGCUGGACAUGUUAUAUAGUGAUAGACAUUUUAUAUUUAUAGUUUGUUUUGCUGCUUUUUACAAGGCUCCUGUUUUAUGUACCCAUGUAUUCCAGUAUACAGAGGGCUGCUUUUUGUUUGUGUCCACUUGUUCUUUAAUACUGUAUUCAACAGAUAGUUUGUAUCCCACAAUUUUGUAUGUCUGUGUGUAAUCCACCAUGUGUGUGUUAUGUGAUAAAACUGUCAUGUAUGUACGGUAAUUUCAACUAUUCAAACAAAUGCAAUUGAAAUGGCUUGACUGCUAAUUAUGGCAAAAUAUCUUAUAACAACUUCAUAAUGCACUUUCAAAGAUGCAAAUUCAAAUGUUUUGUGUGAUUGUUAAAGGAUUUCAAAUUAUAUAUAACUUAAUUGUUUAAAUAAUUUGCACUUCUGCAAAAUGGAUACCAGAUUUCAGAAUUUAAAAUACAUAAUUUUGAUUGAUUUAAUACCUAGUCAUGGUUCAUAACAUCUGUCAAAUAAAAAAAUAGAUUUUAUUGUGAGAAGAUCCUCUCUUACAAAAACCAAUUUAUAUGGGUACAUAAAAUAGGAUACCUUUUGUAACCAUGUUGACUUGUCUCUUGUGCCAGUUUUAAAUUAAUUUGUUUGCAAAAUAAAGCCUUAUAUGUCUGUUAUUUUACAAGUAUGUAUAUGAAGGCUCAUCUAUUUUAAACAACGAUAGUUAAAGUAUGUUCUUGCUUGUUGCGGUUACUUUUUAAUUUAAUUGUAAAUGCGUAUACAUUAUUAAAAGGUCAGAGAACAAUCUUCAAAAAGUAAAAUGUCACUUAAGAGUACCAGCAAAAUCAUAUCAAUUUCGAAAAUGGAACAUUAGAAUUAAAGGUUCAUGUACUUGUUGGUGCAAGAGAUAGGCAAUAUAUUGAAAAAAAUGUGCUGUGUUUACAAAUACAGUGGCCUUGUGUUGACAGGCUUACUAACCACUCUGAAUUGCUGUGUAUUAUUUUGGAACAGGUAGACUCAAUAGGUAUUUGAUCUCAUUGAUCAAGAUGUUUUCAUACUUAACAUCCAUAUAGAUCUCCGGGACUACUUUGUGGGCAUAUUGACCAUCUUUUAACCAGUUGAUUUAUUUAAUCUGAAUGGUGUAAUGGUAAUAUGUAUGAGCAUAACAUAAUUGAUGUUUGUGAACAAACAUUCAAUUACAGAAAACUGAACUCUACUGCCACUGUAGUUAAAGCAAUAUAUUUCAAUUAAUUUGCUCAUUAGAACUGAAACAGGUGUUUAAUGAUAUAAACAGUGGGAACUUGUUUCUGCUUAAGCAACAACAUUUAAGUUCUUCAUAACGGUUUUGCAAAUUUGUAUAUACAAGCAUUUAAGGGUGUUUAAUAAGCCUUGGUGUUUUUUUAUAUAAUUAUUAUUUUACAAUGUCUUGCAAGUUUCAAGGCUUUGUGAUAGACAUAUCUUUCGAAAUUGUUUUUGUCAUUAUUAAAUGGUUCAUGUAUAAAUUUUAUGUAUCUGUACAAUGGUAAUUUCAUUAUAUAUUUUUAUGAAUAUGUAUUGUUUUGGGAAAAUAAGUACAUACAUGUAAUGGAUUAAUAGAAAUCCAAGUGUUAUUUUCAUAUUACUUGUGUUUUAAUUAUUUACAAAUGUGUGGACUUUCUUUUACUUAAGACGUCUAUUUGUAUAAAAAGAGGCAAUGGGAUAUUUGUUUAACUUUUUUUAUUUAUGAAAGACAGUCUGUAGAGCAGCCUAGGGUUUGGUUGAUUAUGGAUACAAGGAAUCCACUUUAAAGCUUUAGACAUCUCACAAAAAUAUGUUCAUUCCUUUCUUGAUUGAAUGACAGAAAUCCAAAUAUUAUUUUUGAAGCAGUGCAAUCAUUAUUUUUUUAUGCAAUCGAAUUCCACUUGUGGACAAGUUUAUUGCUCGGUCUACAAAAUUGAUCCACAUUGUCAUGUGAUGUAUAGCAUGUAUUGUUCUGUUGUGUUUUUUUAGUUCAUAAUAUUCCAUAGUUUACCAUAUCUCAGUCCCAAAAAAACUAAAUACCUGUGGUAUGUAUGAUGGUCCAGUCUUUUUUAUUAAAUGUUUAUAAUAUUCAUGUAUUCACAUGUUAAUUAAAUUGCAUAAUAUCCAAACGUUAAUUGAAUGCAUGAUGAAAAAAUUCAGUUGCUGAUUAAUGUCUUUUCUGUUACUUCCACAUUCAAUUAAACCAUAGCUCACUUGUAUACAUAUACUAGUAUCUUAAAUAAAUGUUCAACUCCAAUCUUGAACAGUAAAUCUUUAACAGAUUUUCCUCAAUACGUCCUUCCAACAUUCCUGUCAUUUACUUAACAAGGUGGUUUUUUCAUGUGUUUUCUUUUUUAAGGUUAAUAUUUUUUAAGAAUAUUUGAGUUGACUUCCUUUAAUUGAUUAGUUUGUAAGGUAAAAUAAAAAUAAAAAUCAAGGUUACAUUCCAAUUCCGGAUAACUUUGUUUACUUGGUGUAUAAAUAAUUCUGAUCAAGAAAUUUGAACUUUCGUCAAGCAAUCAAGCACAAGAACGGUGUGGAUAAGUUAAUGUUAAUUACUUUUAAACUGUGGCAAUUACCUGCUCAUGAAUUAUUGAAAACAAAAGAAGAUAACCUAGUCAUUCUGUUUAAGUGAUGAGGCCUCUAGUCUUCUUCUAUCAUAAAGUAUUUGUUGUUAUUCAUAUUUGAAAUCAUGAAUUUUUGUCUCAUUUGUUAAUGUUGAAUCCUUUUUUUAAGUCAGAUUCAAAAUUGUGUCCUUGUUUGGAGUUUUAUUUUUCAAGUUUUUUUUGUUUUUGUUCAUAUUCAUUUGUUUGCAUAGUAUUAAGAAACAUUUUUUUAUUGCAAUAUUUUGUUGUCAUUUUGCAAUAUGCUAAUAUCACAAUUUUAAAAAGUCGAUCACCACUCUAGUUAUAUCCAAAGUUUUAAAUGUUCACCAAAGUUUUUCCUCUUUUCAACGUUUGUUAAUGAUUUUAAUUACAAUUAUAUUAAAUUGACCAUACUGUUGUCGUGUUGUAUAUAUUAUGUACUGUGUAUCUAUAGAGUUAACUAUUGUAAUAAAAGUUAUUCUUUUCUUCUAAGUCAGGUAAAUGGUGAAUCAUUUAGUUCAUAUUUUGUUUUGUUAGUCAUAUCUUUAGUUUGUUAAUGUACUUAUUCAAUAUUACAUGUAUGCAUGCUGUUUGAAAUGAUGUUUAAUUUUAAUUAAGCAUUCCUUGAUUUGCAUGACACACUUAGGGCAUGCUUGUUUAGGAACACAGUUUGCUGUUUUUCUGUCAAUCAGAUAUGCACAUUGCCAACCAAAUUAUUAACAGACACUAUCCACAACUGGUUUUCUAGUAUCUCGCUACCCUUCCCUUUGGUUUUUUAUCCCCAAGUAUUAACAUAUUUGUGAUUAACAGUGUACAUGUGCAAUCGUUAAUAUGCUUUGAAAUGGCUACCCGGUAUUUGUUUAUUUCAUGUCAUUAUUAAGCGUGAAAAUUUUGAAUUACAAAAAUUUGUUUUUGUAUUGGAAUAUCGAAAUCCUAAAUAAAGUUUUUGAUAAUUUGUCAAAUCAACUUCUUGUAUUAAUGUAUUUGCAGUGAAGAACGGUAAUUUUUCUUUGGACAAAGUCUUGUAAUGAAUAUAUUGUCUCUUUUAGGGUUACAUCGGAAGUGUGUGGAUUGGGAAUAGUUCGCUAAAAUGGCUCCACUCAACAUCAUUACUUUGUGGAUACUCAAAAUAUUUAAUAAGGUCACAGUCUGUCCGGUCAAGUUUGGUGGUCUUUGCUGUGUGAUAUACAAAUAUUUAUCAGCUACAAGCAAAAGAACAAUCAUUUUGAUUGGCAAGGUAUUUUGAAAGCCCAGUCUUGAUUGGAUAGUUGUCUGGUAGCUGACAAAUCAUAUCUAUUAUAUCUUAUACAAAAUGAAUGCAUGACCAUGUGACCUAUUACAAACGAAAACCUGUCUUGUUCUUGAAUGUAUUUAAAAUAGAUGUAGAACUAUGUUUUAAGAAUGUACCUACAUUUGAGGUUUUCAUUGUAGAUACUCAUUAGAAUUGUGAUUAAUCAGUGUAUGACAAUUAUUGUUCACUGUCAUUGAUGAAUAUUCAUAAUAUUUGCUUACACACCUUUUUAGCCUAACAAAACCAAAACUAUUUUGUCUUGAGAUAAAAAAUCUGACUUUUAAAUAGCUUCCAUCUUCCAGAAUAAACGUCCAUGUGUGUGCCUCCAGCUCUAACAGUUGUUUCUGUUGACAGAAUUAGAAAAAAAAAAUUCUUAUCCAAGAACUAAAUAAAUGAUUUGCAACAAUUGUGAAUAUUGGUCAUAACUGUUUUUUUCUUAUCGGAGUGUUUUGAUUUUCUCGUUACUUCGAGUGUACAUUUUUGUAACCAUAAUUUAUAUAUAUAUAUAUUCAUUGAAAAGGUGCUUGCUUGUAGUUAUUUACAACAUUAAUGCCAAAAUAAUGUUUUAUUUUAACAAUUCCUGAAAGGCAGUCUUUGCGGUGUUCCAAUGUACGUGUUCACACCAGGUGGCAUACAAUUUUUUAGCUAGUUCUGCUGAAUUUGUCAAUGUAUUUUAGCAAAGCAUUUAACCAUGGAAAGAGUUGCAGAACUUUAUGCAUUGAGAAUUGUCUAGUCUACCUUAUCAUGGCUUUAAGCUAGGGAUCUUACGAUAACUCGCAGUAUCUUAAAAUGGCAUUAGUUAAACAGUUCAUGUUAUUUUUCCAGGGACUGCAUAACCCAUCUGUCUCAUAAAGUUUUAGAGUAGUUCUUUUGUUUUCCAACUGUUAAAACUCUGUGCAAUCUGGAUUGAUAGGGUAUUUUUGCAUUUAUACAAUGUCAUCUUGCAUGUGUUUCCAAUGUUUUUGCAUUUUUGAAGAGAUUAAAAUGACUAGACACAAGUUUACGAGGUUGUGUUUGGGGACAGUUAAAGACACAAGUAGGUUGUUUGUUUGUCAUUGUUUCAUUGAAAGCUUAAACAAUUUUAAUACCAUGAAAUGAACUGUUGAUAUGGAAGUUUCUGUACAAAUGAGAAUAUUGGUCAAGUCCUUGUUACUGAAAAAAACAUGGUGUGAGAUAUGACCAUAAAGAGGAUUUUUGUGUUACCAAUGUGCACUAUAAAUAGGGGUUUUCAGUACACUUAUUUGAUUUACUGACAUCCACUAAAAAAAUGAAGUUUUAUCUGACUUACUCUUGAAACCUGGCAAUCAACUUUAGGAGUGCUAUGUGAUUGCGUUACAUUAGUUCAGUGUUGUUUGGUGUGUCUCUUUAAGUUAUCAUUCUCUUGUUAUUAACUUGUAUAGUUACCAUAGCAGGUGCAGACUCACUUCAAAGGUUGUGACUUGUAUAUUGACUUGACUUGUUGAUCAGAGAUAUUGUAGUUUUUAUAGAAAAGUUAUCUUUGAUACAGAAACUGUUGCCUAGGAAACUGUGUGCUUAAUCUGUUUGUGUGUCAUAUACUAUUAUUCUUAAAAUAUUCAUUUUUGUCUGCAUUUGUUCUUGUAGUUCUUUGGGUGGUCACAUGGUCGAGGGCUAACACAUUAUUUAUCUGUGACAAAAUAGCAAUACUUUACUUGGAUGGUCUUAAUUUGAUGGAAAUGUUUAAAUUUGCUGAUGAGUAAGACUGAGUUGCUCCUGUUUUAUUGUUUGAACCAGUGGGAUUAUACAGUUUGAACCUUUACAUCUAUAAAGAACUACAUGCAGACAUGACAAUUUGUUCAAUACAAGUUGUUAAUAUGUUCAAUAAUUUAUAGUAAUUAUAUGUUAUGGAGAGUUAUUUUGAAUUGUAUUUCAAUGACAUCUUUAUUAAAUAGGUGAAGUUUUAACUCAACAUUAUCAUUUAUAAUCAUGGUGUAUAAAUGUGUUGCCAAAAUUAUAAUGAUUAUAAUAAAUUUUACAGGAACAA